AGCGUUUAAGAACUACGAUGAGAGCGGAUCGCCCAGACGCACAACCUGCUUGAAAUAUUUGGUGCUGGCUAAUAUGUUAAUGAAGUCUGGCAUCAAUCCAUUUGACUCGCAAGAGGCCAAACCGUAUAAGAACGAUCCCGAAAUAUUGGCCAUGACAAAUUUGGUUAAUUCAUACCAAAACAAUGACAUCAACGAGUUUGAGACUAUAUUGCGUCAACAUCGCAGCAACAUUAUGGCCGAUCAGUUUAUACGCGAGCAUAUUGAGGAUUUGCUCCGCAACAUACGCACCCAGGUGCUCAUUAAACUGAUCAGACCUUAUAAAAAUAUAGCCAUACCGUUCAUAGCCAAUGCACUCAACAUUGAGCCAGCCGAGGUGGAGAGCUUGCUCGUUUCCUGCAUACUGGAUGACACCAUCAAAGGACGCAUCGAUCAGGUAAAUCAGGUGCUGCAGCUCGACAAGGUUAAUAGCAGCGCAGCUCGAUAUAAUGCGCUCGAAAAAUGGUCCAAUCAAAUUCAAUCACUGCAAUUUGCUGUAGUACAGAAAAUGGCUUAGACAUAAAGCAAUGAUUAAAAUCUAAUCAAAAUUCUGAAAAAAUGUGAAAUCAAAUAUCGUUUUCUUACUUACACAUUGUCCC